AUGGACGAUGACCGCCAGUCUGCCACAGAAUGGUUUCAGCACCUGCUCUUCCAGGUUCGGUCAGCGUUGGCCACGGAACUCUCGCUGCACCAAAGAGCAUUCCCUCUUGCACUUGCUCAACUGGUCCUUCUGGCUGACCCGCCCUUGCUGUCAAGCAAUAUGUCAGCAGUGGCCGAAGAGUUUGGUUUCGAUGGCCCAGAGAGGGACGAAAAACUGGGCGGCAUCGUGAGCGUAGUGUUUUUCACGUGUGGGGCCAUCUCCUCCCUCGCCAUUGGACAGCUGGCCGAUAUCAUGGAUCGCACCACUUUGGUUUGCUUGUGUUUGCUCGUUGGGUCGACAGGCACGUUUGCCAGCUCGCAGGCGGGCGGAUUUGUAUCAUUGCUUUUCGGUCGUGGUGCAGUGGGUUUUGCUGCUGGCGGCCUCAUGCCGACGAGUUUCGCAAUCAUCGGAGAUUUGUACUCGGCCGACGAGCGUCCGCAUGCCAUCGCUAUGGUUGGAAUCUUAUCUGGCUUUGGUAUAUCCAUCGGCCAAGCUUUGGCAGGAUUUGUUGGUACUUCCGCAGGCUGGCGCGCGCCUUUCGCCAUCGUCGGGGUGGCUGGGUGGUGUGUGGCCGUCCUCGUAUUUUUUAUUCAGAGGGAGCCACGCAGAACCAGUGAGCAACCCGCCCAGGAGAACACAACAUGGCGCGCUGCGCUGUCACGACCGACGGUUGUUUGCAGCUGUUUGCAAAGCAUUUUUGCUUGUGUACCGUGGUCAGUCGUGGGCACUUUUUUUACAGAUUACCUGGCUGUCGAUGCCGGCAUGGGAGUUCCAGCUGCCACCACCGUUCUGUUUAGCAUGGGCGUUGGGUGUGUUUCAGGCACCGUCACCGGAGGCAAGUUAGGCCAGUAUCUGUACAAGAAAGAUAAAAGAUGUCAAGCUUGGCUGAUGGGGUUCACAGUGUGGGCAGGCAUGCUGCCUUUCUUGCUGUUGUUUGUCGCUGGUUCCUCCGGCCAGCCCUUGAUGUACCAUGGCCUUUCAUUUCUAGGAGUUUUCCUGGCAUCCGUGUCGCCCGUGAACUUGAAGGCCAUCCUCCUCAAUGCAGUCCCAACCCAAGCGCGAGGACGAGUUUUCGGGGUAUUCAACAUCAUGGACGACCUGGGCAGGGGGCUGGGGCCUGCGUUGGUUGCCAGUUGGGUCCGGCAACUGGGCCGCAGAAACUCCUUCAUGCUUGGCAUGCUGUUUUGGCUCCCUUCCGGUCUGUUCUGCUUGCUCCUGACGCGCACCAUCCCACAAGAUGACCUAUCCGACAAGCGCGAUGAGGCCAUCGCGGGCUGCACCAUGGAGCGGGGUUAUGCAAACAAAAACAUCAUCGGCAUCGAGCAGUUCGGAAUAGCCACGCCCCGAGAUUGCAUGAACAGCUGCCAGCGCCAGCGCGGCGUUUGCAACUGCUGGAGCUGGAAAGACGACGGCUUCUGCAGAACCGGCUCCGCCAUCCGAUGCACAUACAUGGCCAGCGAGGACGACGAUCGCUGGAUGUACGGCUCAUGUCCUCUGCAGGGUCAGGCAGAGGCCAACCCGCUCCAAGGGGAGCCGCAGCCUGCCAAGGAAGAUCGCCGAGGCAUCUUGAGCUUGGGCAUCCCCGAGUCCGUGGCGAGGCCGACAGUCGUCGCCGGUGUCGAAGGGCCCGCCCUGGGCAGUGCUGCGGAGGCCGUGUCACAGAACGCCGCCGCGAACGCCGCUGCGGAGCUCCGCGCAGCACCUGUGGCGACGGCUCCCGUCGUCGCCGUCGACACGGCAGCCACGGCAGCCGUGGCAGCUGCGGCAGCCACAGCAGCGCCAGCCCAAGGUUUUCUGCCGCUGGCCACAGAGGCCACAAAGGCCACGGAGCCCGCGCCCGCGCCCAUAACUGCUGGGACUUCUCCGGUUCUGAUGAUCACGCAUAAGCGUGCCAGCUACUUACAGCGGUCCCUGGCCUCCUUGUUUCGGCAUCGCACGGAUGCCGCGAGGUUUCCGGCCAUCGCCUCGCAGGACGGCGAGGACGCAGAGGUCCUAAAGACCCUGCAGACCUUCUUGAAAUCAGGACAACUGUUCCGGCACUUGCAAUUUCAGCCCAAGACGUUUCUCCCCACCGGGUAUGAGCGGCUUGCGCAGCACUAUGGCUGGGCACUGGGGCAGAUAUUCGAUGCGUUCGGAUACGAGCAAGUCAUCAUCCUGGAGGAGGACCUUGAGAUCUCCCCCGACUUCUUUUCCUUCUUCGAAGUCACGCAGCCGCUGCUGAAGGCGGAUCCGGACCUCUUUUGUGUCUCCGCGUGGAGUGACAACGGCAAGUCAGAUGUUGCCAGCAACGCAACGGCCGUCUACCGCUCGGACUUCUUCCCAGGUCUCGGCUGGAUGCUGCUCCGGAGCUAUUGGGAAGAGGUCAAGGACAGAUGGCCUGUAAAGUACUGGGAUGAUUUCUUGCGGCGCAGGGAUGUUCGCAAAGGUCGGCAUUGCCUGCGGCCAGAAGUCAGCCGCACCCACACUUUCGGUGAGAUGCUUCGCCUGCAGUAG